AUGGCCGCUCAAGUGCCAGCCGCGUUAAAGGCAGCCGACAUCACUCGCUUCGCCCAUCGAGCGGUUCAACUCGAAAAAGCAAAGCCUAUAAUAGCAUACUGGUGCGAGUACUGGAUGGUCAACCAGAUUUUGUCCAAAGGCCUACACAAUGCGGACCAAGAGAGCCUGACCUACACCACGGCCUUGAUGGAUAAAUUGGAACAGUUCAAAGCUGAACAUGCACAAGAGCCGGCCGUUACGGACGAUGUCGUGGGCAAAGCCUAUGUGGAACAGUUUGGGCUGGAAACGUUUGAAAGAGCAGACAAUGCGGUGCGCGCGAACAAGGCCUCAAGGCAGACGGCAGACACUUUUCAGGCAUCAGCCACGUUCCUCGACCUCUUGCAGAUAUGGGGUCCCCUCGAACCCGAAUUUGCGGCGAAGAUCAAGUUCGCCAAAUACCAUGCGCUAAGGAUAGCGAAAGCGUUGAAAGCGGGUGAGGAUCCCAACAUGUCCAACCCGAAGCCACAGACACCGGUUGACGAAGGUCUACCGACACUCGACCCCAGCGAUGCCGACGUGCAAGCGCUGGAGGGGCACCGCGCCACAAAAUCGAGACAACCCUCCGUCGUCGAGGUUCCGGACGAAGCCGAUAAGAUCCAGAAAAACCUUGCGCAAAGGUCCAUGCUGGACGAAUCGUUACACCCUUCGAGAGAUCCCUCGGUGCCACCGCCACUUGCCCGACAGCCUACUGUGACUGAAAUUCCCGACGAAGCGGAUCGAAUGCAGGGCACUCUUGCCACACAGUCCUCGAUCGACCAAUCCCUGCAUCCUUCAAGAGCACCGUCCGCGCCGCCAACGAACGACGUUUCUCCUCUCCCUGAGCAAGACCCAAUCACUUUCUAUACCAACACGGCCGACGAGCCGGCGGAAAUCUCACCACUCGACCCAUCCGCGGAGCGCAAACCUUCAGUCGGAGGCAAUUAUUUUCCCGUCGUGCCGCCGGGACCGGGACCAGAACCAACCCUCCCCUCUGCGCCCACAACAAUAGGCGGAGCACCACCACCACAACUCCCCUCCGCACCUACAACAGUAGGCAAAGUCAACACAGACCUCCCGUCCGCGCCAUCGGAACCGUCCGUAACAUCAGCAUCAGCACGAAGUGACCUCGGCGCUGCCCUCAACGCAACCCCUAGCCGUCAAUCGCCGCCCUUACCACCUCACCGUCACGGAACGCUCCUCACACAAGUUUCGCCCGGCCAGCCCUCCCCAAUCGCCCCGAACUUCCAGCCUCAACCUCCUCAACAACCAAUCAUCCCGCCUCAGGCCCGUCAAGCACGCGGUCCUGUCCCGCCUGUCCCGCAUUUCCAGCAGUCACCACAAGUACCUCAACCUGGACCACUGUCACCACCAGUAUUCGCGCCAUCGCCCGUUCAUCCUCCCCCACAACAAGCCCCUCCAGUGCCGAUAGCGCCACUUGCUCAGGCCAGCAACGUGGUUAUCGAUGAGGAAUCCAUCAUGAAAGCUCAGAAACACGCCCGCUGGGCGAUUUCGGCAUUGAACUUCGAAGACGUGCCCACUGCGAUCCGCGAGUUGAGAGGCGCGUUAGCAAGUCUAGGCGCGACGUGA